CAAUUACUUGCCGCAGACAAGAUGGAGGGCAGGCUGAUGUCAGUGAAUGCCUUAAAUAUUCUGGUCCAUUACCAUCUUUAACACAGACAUGCCAGAUUCCCUGCCAAGAUGACUGUCAGUUUACGAACUGGUCAAAGUUUUCUUCCUGUAAUGGGAACUGUGGAGGAGUCAGGACAAGAAAACGCACUCUUGUUGGAAAAAGUAAGAAAAGAGAUAAAUGCAAAAAUUCCCAGUUGUAUCCUCUGAUUGAGAAUCAGUUCUGCCCAUGCGACAAGUACAGUGCUCAGCCUGUGGGAAAUUGGUCAGACUGUAUUUUACCGGAGGGUAAACUGGAAGUAUUGCUGGGAAUGAAGGUACAAGGAGACAUUAAGGAAUGUGGACAAGGCUAUCGUUACCAGGCCAUGGCAUGCUAUGACCAAAACAAUCGACUUGUGGAAACAUCACGAUGCAACAGUCAUGGUUAUAUUGAGGAAGCCUGUAUUAUUCCAUGUCCCUCAGACUGCAAGCUCAGUGAGUGGUCCAAUUGGUCUCGCUGUAGUAAAUCCUGUGGGAGUGGGGUAAAAGUUCGGUCUAAAUGGCUCCGUGAAAAACCCUACAAUGGUGGAAGACCGUGUCCAAAACUAGAUCAUGUCAAUCAGGCUCAGGUAUAUGAGGUAGUCCCCUGCCACAGUGACUGCAGCCAGUACGUAUGGGUUACUGAGCCCUGGAGUGUCUGCAAGGUGACUAAUGUGGACUUAAAAGAGAACUGUGGAGAAGGUGUUCAAACAAGGAAAGUCAGGUGCAUGCUAAACACUGUGGAUGGUCCUUCUGACACAGUAGAGGACUAUCUGUGUGAUCCUGAAGAGAUGCCACUUGGUGCCAGAAAAUGCACGUUACCGUGUCCUGAGGACUGUGUUAUGUCUGAAUGGGGAUCAUGGUCUCGAUGUUCUUUGCCAUGCAAUGGAAGUAGUGUCCGCGAAAGGUCCGCUGCAUCCCUCAGACAACCAGAUGAUGGAAAGUCUUGUCCUGCUGCCACUGAGACAGAAGUCUGCACUUUGAACAAAAACUGCUACCACUAUGACUACAAUGUGACAGACUGGAGCACAUGUCAGCUCAGUGAGAAGGCUGUCUGUGGUAAUGGUAUCAAAACACGGAUGCUUGACUGUGUUCGCAGUGAUGGCAAAUCAGUUGACCUGAAGUACUGUGAGGAGCUUGGUUUGGAGAAGACAUGGCAAAUGAAUACAUCCUGUGUUGUGGAAUGUCCUGUGAACUGUCAGCUCUCUGACUGGUCCCCUUGGUCUGAGUGCUCUCAAACAUGUGGCCUUACAGGAAAAAUGAUUAGAAAAAGGACCAUCAAUCAGCCAUUUCAGGGUGAUGGGAGGCCUUGUCCCUCUCAGAUGGAGCAAUUCAAACCCUGUCCAGUAAAACCUUGUUAUCGAUGGCAAUAUGGUCAAUGGUCUGCAUGUAAAGUAGAGGAUGCUCAAUGUGGAGAGGGAACAAGAGUGAGGAACAUUUCCUGUGUGGUUUUUGAUGGAUCCAUUGAAGAUGUUGGCAAAGUAGUAGAUGAGGAAUUCUGUGGCGAAAUAGAGCCUAUUAUAGAUGGUAAUAAGAAGAUGAUACUCGAGGAAACCUGCGCUGUCCCUUGUCCAGGGGACUGUUACUUGAGAGAGUGGUCAGAAUGGAGCCUUUGCCAGCUAACCUGUGUUAAUGGUGAGGAUCUUGGCUUUGGAGGGAUACAAGUCCGAUCUCGGGCAGUGAUCAUUCAGGAAUUAGAGAAUCAACAUCUCUGUCCAGAACAGGCUUUGGAAACAAGACCAUGCAAUGAUGGCCAGUGCUAUGAAUACAAGUGGAUGGCUAGCCCAUGGAAGGGAUCCUCUCGGACCGUGUGGUGCCAAAGGUCAGAUGGUUUAAAUGUCACAGGGGGCUGUUUAGUGAUGCGCCAACCAGAUGCUGACAGGUCAUGUAACCCACCAUGCAGUCAACCCCACGCUUACUGCAGUGAGACUAGAACAUGCAGUUGUGAAGACGGAUACACUGAAGUUAUGUCUUCUGAUGGCACACUCGAACAGUGCACUCUCAUCCCAGUGGUGGUGAUCCCCACCAUGGAGGACAAAAAGGGAGAUGUGAAAACCAGUCGAGCUGUGAACCCUACCCAGCCCUCCAGUAACCAGUCAGGACGAGGAAGGACCUGGUUUCUACAGCCUUUUGGGCCAGAUGGGAGGCUGAAGACCUGGGUUUAUGGUGUAGCUGCUGGUGCAUUUGUUUUACUCAUCUUUAUUGUUUCUAUGAUCUAUCUAGCCUGCAAAAAGCCAAAGAAGCCCCAGAGAAGGCAGAACAACCGACUGAAACCUUUAACCUUGGCUUAUGAUGGAGAUGCAGAUAUGUAAAAUAUAACCUCUCAUGGAGUCUAAAUUAAUGGAUUGAAAUCAGAAGGUACCCAAAGCCACAGGGAUUUUCUAUGGAGUGGAUUAAGUGUUUUGACUUUUUCUUUUUUGUAACUGCGCCAUAGAUAAAGAAGGAUGGAUUUCAUAAUGCCUACGGAUAUUCAAGAUAUUAUUUCUUUACUUUAGACCAUCAACACUGAGAAAUCUGGCAGAAUCAUAUUAACAGACACUGCAGUUGGAGAUUUGUGGUCUUUCCUCAAUCUCACAAACUAUAAGCACCACUUCUGUCUCCAGAAUACUGUAGUUGACAUAGUAUUAACAGUUGGAAGCCCCUGCAACAUUAACCAAGUAUAGUCAGUACGCAUGAAGAGUUUGUACCAAGCUGUCUAUGACUCUUUAUAUUCAAGCAUAGCUUAUAUACUCCGUUGAACCAUAUGUAUUGCUCUAUC